AGAUGUUUUUCUUUUUGAACGGUCUCUCGUCCUGUCGCGUGAGCUUUUGCUGAUUACACGCGGGGCUGCGCGAGCUACGUGAACAGUUUUAACUUCCGCACACUGCCAUGAGCAGGACAACAGAGCACUGCUAGGUGUUUACACGACGAAUAAAACAAGAUUUGGACAACAUGUUCGAGUACGAUUCUGACUGUGACUGUGACUGGGAGGACAUUAAAGACCACAUGAGUUUGGACACAGAUGACACAAUUGUCGCCCUCCGUCCAUCAGAAAGGGUGUUUGAACAAUGGAUUGGGAUCCCGGUUGAGAUCAGAAGAGAUGCCGGGCAACGGAUGAGAGUUUGUGCCUUCUGGCUUCCCAUUUUGCUGCAACGCAACGAUUCGGGUACCACUGUUUGCUGGGCUGUACAAUUAGGUCUGAUCCCAAAUGGCAGUGACAAAAUAAGUCUGAAGCACCUGCACAGGAUAGAAAUAGUGGAGGCAAUCCUGAGAGCCAUGGAGAAAGGAACCUUGAAAAAGCACCAGACUAAGCAUGUUGUGGCGAUAAGCAACAUGUUCAACUUGCGUUCUCAGGGUGUUUUGGAGGACGCAUUAAACUGGUUGUCGCAAACUGGAGAGCCCGCUAUUCGCCAUCGCGUCCUGGAGCUCGGCCACGCGCGCACAUUCUACACGGCCCUGCAACUCAUCUUCACAGAGUUUGCUAAGUAUAUUCAGGAAAUGGGUACCAACUUGAAAAGGACGUUGAAGUCACUGAAUGCUCGACCAUCCGACCACCUAGUCGAGAAAAGUGAAGAAAUGAAGAAGAAAGGAAAUGACAACUUUAAGGCAAAGCAGUAUGAAGAUGCUGUUAAGUUUUAUUCCAAAGCCAUCAUAUAUUACCCGGACAACCACAUAGUUUAUGGAAAUAGAGCAUUAUGCUAUAUCCGAUGUGAGCAAUAUCUAAAAGCGGUUGUUGAUGGAAAAUGUGCUACUCUGAUAAAACCACUCUGGGCAAAGGGUCACUACCGCUACUGUGAGGCUCUGUUCUCCUUGGGAGAGGUCCAAAAGGCUAUUGAAGCCAACACCAUGGCCCAGAGUCUGUGCAAAGAGGACCAGGAGGGAAUCAAAGACUUGGAACAACAACACCUGAAGUUCACUGAAAUGCCCGAUCCCAAAGUUGGACAGCCUAAGAAAACCCAGACUAAAAGACCGGAGAGCACCAACAAAGCGCAUACAGUGGAGUCCCGACCACAGAUUGGAAAAGGUGUUAAAAAGAUUGAUCCUACUCCACAGACUAAGGUCACAGACGUUAAACUGGAAAAACAACCAGUGAAAAACGAAAGGGCUGCACAGUCGGAUGGCGGUGCUAAAAACUCAAAAUCAAAGAGUGAGCUUUCUUCAAAGAAUGGCAAAGGAGCGUCCAGCUCACCAGCAGCUAAGAAGAAACCGAGAAACAGAAAUCCGUCUGAAGAUGAGAACCAGAAAGCGGACCAUAAGAAAGCGGUGUAUAAAGAGGUGAAAUCGAUGGUGCAAUUGUGUAAAGAGUUGCAAUCGAUGGUGCAGGACGCGCACACCGCUCUGGCCGACCUACGCAGCCGCAACGCAGAGGAGGCCUUCAGGAAGGCACUGGAGAUACUGGAAACCACCCCACCCAAGCAACUUGGACUCUCCACCCUUGAUGUGCUGUUGUUGCUGUUCGGCCGCGCCUCAGCUCUGACAGAAAUCGGCCAGCUUGAGGAACUUGGAGAAGCACAAAGACUUCUUGGGCAGAUCAAAAUGUUUGAAGAGAGGACGAUUCAGUGUCUGGUUUACUAUGCCAUCGGGAGGGUGUAUCUCAAAGAGAACAGGUUUGCACUUGCUCUGGCGCAGUUUUCAGAUUCCCUGCAGACAGUCAAGAAUCAAAUAACACCGGGUAAACUCACCUGGCCUUUAACGAAAGAGAUUGUCAAAGAGACACAGCCGGAGUAUUUCAAGGAAAUUCUGCAGCAUGCUAUAGAGUUGUGCAAAUUUCCUCCUAUUCCUGAAGCCAUUUGUCGAUUUGACAAAUGCCUCGUCCCUUUGAAAGCUGAAAUCUACUUGACUGACCCAGAUUUUAAGGGCUACAUUCAAUUAUGCUGCUGUAGGAGCUGCAAUGUUGAAUACCACCUCGCCUGUUGGAAGACCCUCAAGACAUCGUUCCUUGAAAAGAAUGAAAGGGAUUUCCUGCAGGAGCCGUGUUUGACCCCAGACUGUGUCGGCCAAAUCUGUAGUAUCAUUCUCUUUGGUCCGACUGGGCUGAUAAAGUGUAGGUUUGAUGAUCCCAUCGCCAAACCACAGACUCCGAAGAAGCCCAAACUGAAUCAGAUAUGCACAAGUCUAAAGAAGUUGAAGUCAAAGGAAGAGCACAAGCUCAAGAGGAAGCUGCACAAGCAGUCGUUUCAAGAAAAGCAGGCGAUCAACGACGAGAUCCUGCAGCAGAAAGAAGACUCUCCAACCCACAGUCAACAGAAAGCCUGGCUGCUCUACAGGGAUCGAGUUCUUCUGCAGAUCAGCCAGAACAUGGAGCUGCUGAGGGAGGAGAAGGGCCUCCAGGUGUCCGUCCUGACGGACCGUCUGAAGCCCUGGCUGGAGCUGGACUCCUCGAGGGGGAACUCGGUAGCUCGGAGGAUACUGAACUGGCAGGAGGAGCCGCUGGAAACUCUGAGUCAGGUCGUCGAGCUGCUACUGGAGCGGAAGAACCGGGUUUGGGCACGAAUCCUUAUACAACUACUCAGUGGCUGUCUGGAUAUAAAUCCCAAACUCAGCAAUUGGGCGUGCCAGCUCAACAAUGCAGGUUUGGAUGCUGCGAAAUCCUUCAUCGAGCGCUACGCAAGACACUUGGAGGAGGUGGAUCUGGCUUUUCUGCUCGAGUUUGGCCCGUUGCAGGACGCGAUUAUAGAGAAGAUUGGUAGUAGGCCAGAGCUUUUUUCAGGCAUGUGCUUGACCGAAUACCUAAAAGAAGCCCCGCCGCAAGACACAAGACUCUUUAUCUGGACUCUGGAGGAGCAUAGGGACCAGUAUAUCUCCUGCGCCCAUAUUCUGGAUGAUUUUUUUGAUGUGAUGGAUGGCCAUUGUUCGGUGUUAAAAAAGUCUGAUGAAAAUCAAAAUAAUUCUCCUAUUAAGAGUCGAGGCCGGAAAAAGAAACAGAGAGAGCCGAGGAGCAUUUUUGUUUUCCCUGAGACGAGAGCGCCGACUCCGGGAGAUGAAUGGGAUCAAGACAUUUUUGGAGAUGACUCUUUAUCAUUCCUUCACCCCGGAGAUCCAUUCAGUGUACCGAUUCACCUACGAGAGCAAGUCGCGGAUUUUGAGGACCAGUACAACAGCACCAGACACAGAAGUCACUAUAAAAUGAUUUUGGACAACAACCCCGACCCAACAAAAGAGAGUUUGUAUGACUACUUUGCUCAGAUCCUGGAGGAGCACGGUCCACUGGUUGCCGAGGACCCGCUGCUGGUGGGUGAACUGGGGAAUUUCCCUCCCGUGGCUCAGGUGACGAUCCAGGAGACGGGCGGCUUUGAGUCCUUCCUCCUGGAGUCCCUUCGCUUCAUAAAGAUUGGGAGGUGCAUCGGCCUGGCGAAGCACGCCGUUUCCCUGCAGCAGGCGGUGCACGGAGCCAGUCUCGAUGACUUGGAUGUAAUAGCGGAUCCUGGCUCGGACUCUCGGUCUUCGUAUUUGGGUCCGGGUCCCGAAUCUGCUUUCACAAGCUAUCUGGACAGUUAUCCUUCUGUAAAGACUGCCGCCCGUCCCCACCUCCCAAAUCCUUAUGUAAUACGCUCCCAGACUCUGCGUGAUGAUCUUGCCCUUUGGUCUAUUGAUGACAGUCAACCACAAGUCCCUUUCGUUUUACCGAAUGACUACGGGCCUCUGGAUCUGGAUGGUGGACUUUUAGAAACGUUGUCAACGACGACCGAGAACAGCUUUUUGAAGAAACAUGCAGAAGUACAGACGUGUCAGGAGACCAUGAGGAGCGUUGCAGUGAACACAGAGAUUCAUGAGCGUUUUGAGAGCUGCCAGGGUGACAUCAACGCAAAGCAAAACAACAACAAGAAGUUGGAGCAGCAGAUCAAGAAAAUGGCGAAAGGCGGCGGCGACAAAGUCACCCUGAAGCGUAAUGAAGACGUCGCCGUCCUUGAGAAAGACAUUCAGCAGAUUGCUGCCAGUAUAAAUGUGACCAAUAAGGAGCUGACGCUGUUCCAGCAGAAGCUGGAAGAAGAGGUGAAGAAGGACCAGAAGGAGAAGAAGGCCAACCAGGAAGGACUGAAGGCCCUGAAGGUGGAGAUUGAGGAGCUGGUUGGGCAACACGUGAGUAUGACCCAAUACAUAAGAGAGAGGAAAAACAGCUUUGACGCCAAGAUGAGUGAUUUCCUUGAGGUGAGCGUUCAGGCGGCAACCGAGAAGAUGAGCCUGGAAGACGAGAUCAAGCGCUGCAAGGUGUCCUUGACCUCGGCCACCAGGAGGUCUCAGGCGGCUCAGGUCUCGGUCGUGGAGAGCAGUCGGAAUCAGGGCCUGUACGGUUUCUACCGAGAGCUGGCGUUCGGCAAGGCGCUGCUGACCAAACUGGACGAAGCGGCGCACCGAUUCCAGACCCCGGACCUGGAAAGGACCAGAAACAUCUGGAGAGUCAACGUCCAAGAAGUUGAAAAGAAAAUCGCCACAGCUGAGGCGCAGUACCAGGAGCAGCUGGAUCAAGUGAACAGCGGCAGGAGACUCAGCGAGUUGCCUCCAGUCAACGUCAACAGCCAGUCUGACCCUCCAGCUGCACCAUCUGUGGCAGCCAUCGCGUAUGCUCCUCCAUCUUCGUCCCCUCAUGGCGCCCCCCCGAUCACCCCCCCCCCGGGGCCUGCAGCUGAAGCGGCGUCCGCUCAGCCUCCACCGCAACUCAAACCUCCCACCAGGACUCUGGAGCCUCAACUCCACACGGUGUUCGACAAGUCUAUGGAGCACCUGGCCGGCAUCUUCCCCGACUAUUCAAGGUCGGAGUUGAUGAGGUUCAUCCAGGAGUUGCGUUCAUCCAGCAGCGGAAGCCUGAGCAGCAUGACGUUGCAGGAUGUGGUCGGUGGGGUGACUCAGCUGAUCCUUGACCAGCAGGAGAAGCCUCAAGCUGCCAAACCAAAACAAACAAAGGGACCGAACAAAGGGAUGCCGCGCCCGUGCACCACGCCUCCUCCGGUCGCUCCGGUCUGGCAGUCGCUCGGGCAAAAGAGAGACGCAGAGAAGCUUAAAGCUGCCAGAUCGAACAGUCCAGCUCAGUACGCCGCCCCGCCUCCCGUCACCCCGGUGUGGCAGCCGCCCGAACCCCCGAAGAGAAACGAGCACGCCAACGCUCUGAACAUGGAUGAUCCGUGCAUCAUCUGUCACGAGGACAUGAAUCCGGUCGACAUCUGCGUGCUGGUGUGUCGACACAGCUUCCACGACGAGUGCAUCCGCUCGUGGCUGAAGGAGCACAGCACCUGUCCCACCUGCAGAGACCACGCGCUGCUGGUGGACGAAUUCCCCGCUUUGUCCAGUAGAAGACGCAAAGCUCCGUGAUCCCUGGGGAGCCUCCAUCACCCACCCACAUCUACGCUUUUAUCUUCCUCCUUCUUCUUUUUUUUCCUUCUAUUAUUAAUCACAAACAUUUAAUUAAAAUCUAAAAACGUCAUUGUUUUUAUUGAAUGGUCAAAAUGUUCAGACUGGCGUUGCUACACUUUGAAUAAACUAAAGCGUCUCGUGUUUGA